UCUACUUCCCAUUGAAAUGCUGCUUCUGCCACUUCUAUUGCUAGCAGCUAUUGUCCCAGGUGGUGACAAUGAGCAUGCAUUACAGGGGCCAACCUCCUUCCGUCUCAUCCAGAUUUCAACCUUUGCCAAUAGCACCUGGACUCAAAAUCAAGGCUCAGGCUGGUUGGACGAUUUGCAGAUUCAUGGCUGGGACAGUGACUCUGGCACUGCCAUCUUCCUGAAGCCCUGGUCGAAGGGCAACUUCAGUGACGAGGAGUUGGCUGAGCUGGAGGAACUAUUCCGAGUCUACUUCAUUGAGUUCACUCGGGAAGUGCAGGAUAUUGCAAGUGAACUCCAGUUUGAAUACCCCUUUGUGAUUCAAGGCACAGCAGGUUGUGAGCUGCAUUCUGGGAAGGCCAUACAAAGCUUCUUGAGAGCAGGUUUUGAAGGACUGGAUUUCAUGAGCAUCAAGAAUCAUUCAUGCAUGCCUGAGCCAGAGGGAGGCAGCAAGGCGCAGUGGUUUUGCGUACUCAUUACUCAGUACCAAGGCAUCUGGGGUAUCAUAGACACGCUCCUCUCAGAAACCUGCCCCCGAUAUCUCCUGGGUGUCCUCGAUGCAGGGAAGGCGGAACUGCAGAGGCAAGUGAAGCCGGAGGCCUGGCUGUCCAGUGGCCCCCCUCCCCGGCCUGGCCGCCUGCGGCUGGUCUGCCACGUCUCAGGAUUCUACCCAAAACCCGUGUGGGUGACGUGGCUGAGGGGCGAGCAGGAGCAGCCUGGCACUCAGCAAGGAGACGUCAUGCCCAACGCAGACUCGACGUGGCAUCUACGAGUAACCCUGGAUGUGGCGGCUGGGGAGGCGGCUGGCCUGAGCUGCCGAGUGAAGCACAGCAGCCUGGGAGACCAGGACAUCAUCCUGUACUGGGGACACCCCCUGUAUAUUGGCCUGAUAUUUGUGGCAAUAAUAGUGCCCUCCUUGAUCCUUUUGAUAUGUCUUGCAUUAUGGUUUUGGAGGCGCUGGUCAUAUGAGACUGUCCUGUGAGCCUUCACCAGGUCCCCUUUCCCAUUUGGAGAAAUUACCCAGGAGCCCAGAAACUCAGGUUGACGGCCCCGGAGUCAAUCUCAUUAUAUGUCAUCAAAUAAUCAUCAUAUUUGAUCAAAUCAGUGUUCUGAUAAGCUUUAGA